UUCUAUCUCCCUCUCACUCUCAAGCCCCACCCUUUUAUCUGUUUUUGUAUCGUGGCGGCUCUUCUCAUAUCAUACACUUCUUCCUCUUCUCUUUUUCUUUUACUUAUAAUAAUAAAUAAUAAUUAUAAUCCCCGUUGCAAAUAAGGAUUCUUGGAGGAUCGCCUCUCUCUCACUCUCUAUGUAUUUUGAUUUAUUAUUACUCGCGCGAUCCACUCCCAACUAGAGCUGCUGCAUAUUGGUUUGUCGAUCUGCAAGCAAUUCUCUUGAUCCUAAAAAAAAACAACAAUAAUAACAAAGAAGAAGAGAACCGCCAUGGUUGCGGCCACCCAACCACAACCACCUACACCUACUGCGUCCACAACAACAUCCGCCGAAGAAGAAGCCUUGAAAAGGAAUACUGAUUGUGUUUACUUUCUUGCUUCUCCUUUAACCUGCAAAAAGGGAAGUGAGUGUGAGUAUCGCCACAGUGAAUAUGCCAGGGUUAAUCCUAGGGAUUGCUAUUUUUGGUUGAAUGGCAAUUGCAUGAAUCCCAAGUGUGGGUUUCGUCAUCCACCCCUUGAUGGCUUGUUUGGCAACCAAACAACAGCCUCUGCUGGAUCUUCCUUGCCGCCAUCACAUGCUGCAGCUGCCACACAUGCUCCUCACAAUUCAGGCAAACAAGGAGUCCUGUGCAUUUUCUUUCAGCAGGGAAUAUGCUUGAAAGGUGACAGAUGUGCUUUCUCCCAUGGACCAAAUCAUGCCAGUAGAGUUUCUCAAACAAUGGCAUUUACCCCUGGUACUGAGGCCCACCCUCCAAAAAAGGCUUUUGAUGGCCUUCAAAAGUGUACUCAAGAGCAGAAGCUUCCACAAGUGAAUUUGUCAAAGGCUGUUGAACCACCCACUGUAGCUAAACCUGUGUCAAAAGCUGAAAUUGCUUCAGCAAGGAACAGUGCUGGUGUUGCAAGGAAUGUAGUGCCACCCAAAAGCAUGGAUGAUGAAGUUCCCAGAUAUAAAGCAUCAAAUCUUCCUCCCGAGGUCAAUGGAAAUUCAAGUCGUUCCAAUCAGUUGCAUCUGUCACGGGUAGCAGAUGAUCAUGUUAACCAUAAUGGAAAGGAUGCUGAUGAGUAUUUGAGGGAGUCCUCUCCUGGUUUUGAUGUUCUUGUGGAUGAUGAGUUGAGGGAUUCUGAUUAUUACCACGGUGAAGAUCAAUUUGGAAGAACAAUAGGUCAUGAAGGGAGGAACUUGAACUCUGUUGAUGAAUAUGGCAGGGGCCAUCCUGCUGAUUAUGGCUCGUUGCCUGAUGACCAAGAAAGGUAUGGUGAUCCACGAGGCUAUGAUCCCUAUGAACAUAUGCAAGGGCAGCACGCAUGGGAGCAGCACAGGGCGUCGUCAGAAAGAAUGCUAGUGGCACCAGCACAUCUGGAAAGGCGAGGUUACUCGAAAGCUGAUAGCCCUGAGCACAUUGAAGGAUCAGAUUUGCGUUAUCUUUUAUCGAAACAAAGGAGGGUUAACGGCUUGAGAUCAGUUGUUAGUAAUGAUUUUGUCCCAGGCAAUCAUGUUGAGGAGCGAGGUUACCAGGGUUCUUCACGAAGGGACUCUCAUCACUUACUCUCACAUGAGAGCUCCAUUAGUAGUCGUCUUCGUGGUAGAAUAAAGCUUCCAGGAGGAUCUCUCAACGAAGGUGGUGACUUGCAUGCAGAAAGGGAAAUUGACAGGGGCAGGAAUCGGGGAAGACUGUCACCAGUAAGUUCCCUGAUCUCUUCCCAGCAAGGGAGGUUCCGGGAUAGAAUGAAAGCUAGGGUGGAAGAGGAUUACAAUGAGGGGAGAAAUUUUAGAGGUCCCCAUGUGAGAAGAGAAUUAGUAGAUGAAAAAAUUACUAAUUUUGCUGCUCCUAAAAGGCUUGCAGAACUGAGAGGUGGGAAAAAUGCAGAGGGUAAAUCGCAGCAAUCCCUUGGAAAGCGGAAGAACUUGGAAGAUCAUCCACCAUCUGAUGCUGAUCUCUCAUUUGAAGGGCCAAUGCCUCUUAGUGAGAUUCUUAAGAGAAAGAGAGGGGGUGGAGCUGCAGCUUCUGGUAGCAGAAUAUCAUCUGUUAUUGAGGACGGCAAUAAUCAAAAGGAAAGUAGGCGAAGCCUCACCAGCAAUUCCAACAACAAGGCAGUUGCAGAGACUCAAAGUGGAUUUUCUUCUGUAUUAAAGGACGAUGACAGUAGCCAGAUGCUAAAAAAUAAAGAAUCCAAGUUUGCUACUGAUGAUGCCCUUGGAACAGAAGGGGAAAACAUUGAAAUUGUUCAUGGAAAGUCUUCUCAGCUACCUAAUCCAAGUGAGAUUGAGACUGAAGACGGGAUGAUUGCUGAUGACGGAAUGGAAGAUCAGGAGUACGAGGGUGAUGAUCAGAGGGAUGGUGAUUAUGAAUAUGAGCAGGCUGAUGAAGGAGAGUACAAUUACGAAGAGGGUGAAAACAUAGAUGAAGAGGAAUAUGAAAACGAAGAUGGAGAUGACUUUGCCAAGAAAAUUGGUGUCGUGUUCUCAUGAAGGAUGAAAGAUAGUUAAGGAGCAGCACUACUGCCUUUUGCUCUUAUUGUGGGUUUUUGACGACCAUGGUGGGUUCUUCGGAUUUGAGUAAGGGGUAGCUGCCACGGGUUUAUUUUUCCUUGUAGAAGUAAAAGUAGAGAUAUGAAGUUCCUUUCUUGUAUUAAUUGCAAGAAACUCGUUUUAUUGUAUUUAAAACUCUCUGAUUGAAUGAGAAUUUUGCUUGUGCUUGGAGCAUUUCACUUUGCUUGCAAAGCCAUAACUUGUAACAGUAUAAAAUUAAUAAGAAAACUGUUGCUCGUUUCUCAAA